UUCUCUUCUUCUCCACCGCUCUAAUUUAUCCACCAACUCUAACUCUAACUCUAACUCUGCUCUGUCUACGAACUUUGCUUUUGGGCAUCUCUCCAGUUGGAUUAAUUUGUAAGUAAUCAGAGAAGCUCAGUUCUGUUAUAUUUCUAUGAUCCUAAGGCGGAAGCAGCCUUUACUUCUUUUGUGAGGUACAUGAAUUGUUUCCGUCUUCCAAGUUGUUGCCAAAAUUUUCUGUAAUGGGAAUUUAUAGCUGCGAAGCAGUGUUGUUGAGCUUCGGAUUGAAAUGUCCAUUAGUUAUAACUGGAAGCCAUAGCCAUAGGCGGCGGAUAUACCACCGCAUCCCAAUACUAGUAGAAAAUAGGCGCUGUAGUUGCAGAUGUAGUGCCGCGCGUGUGGCCGUUGUAGUAGAGAAGGAAGAUACCCCUAGGUUUAAUUGGGCUGAUGCCGGUCUGAAUCUGACAGAAGAACAAGAUGAGGCGAUUACUCGGAUUCCUGUCAAGAUGUCAAAACGUUGUCAAGCGCUUAUGAGGCAGAUUAUUUGCUUCUCCAGCGACAAAGGGAGUUUUUGUGAUUUGUUGGGUGCUUGGGUUAGGAGGAUGAGCCCCAUUAGAGCUGACUGGCUUUCUCUUCUUAAAGAGUUGAAGGAUCUUGACUCUCCUUUUUAUAUCAAGGUGGCUGAAUUCUCGCUGCUCGAAGAUUCCUUUGAAGCGAAUGCCCGUGAUUAUACCAAGAUCAUCCAUUUCUAUGGGAAGCUAAACCAAGUGGAAGAAGCUGAAAGAACUCUUCUUGCCAUGAAAAAUCGACUCUUUCCCAUUGAUCAGGUGACCCUUACUGCAAUGGUUCAGUUGUAUAGCAAGGCAGGCUAUCAUAAAUUGGCUGAAGAAACUUUCAACGAAAUCAAAUUGCUUGGGGAACCACUAGAUAAUCGAUCAUAUGGUUCCAUGGUCAUGGCCUACAUUAGGGCUGGAGCACCCGAGAAAGGAGAGGCCUUACUCAGAGAAAUGGAUUCCCAAGAAAUCUGUGCGGGAAGAGAGGUUUACAAGGCAUUGUUGAGAGCCUACUCUAUGAGUGGGGAUGCGGAAGGAGCCAAGCGGGUUUUUGAUGCAGUUCAAAUCGCGGGGAUUACUCCUGAUGUAAAGCUAUGUGGACUGCUCAUAAACGCAUACAGUGUCUUGGGCCAGAGCCAAAAUGCGCGUUUGGCGUUUGAGAAUAUGAGAAAAGCGGGAAUCAAAGCUACUGAUAAGUGUGUGGCUCUUGUACUGGCUGCAUAUGAGAAGGAAGAAAAGCUAAAUGAAGCAUUGGGGUUCUUGGUUGAGCUUGAGAAAGAGUCUGUAAUGGUUGAGAAAGAAGCUUCUGCUGUGUUGGCUCAGUGGUUUAAGAAGCUUGGUGUUGUUGAAGAAGUUGAAUUAGUUCUUAGGGAGUUUUCAUCUAGCCAGUCUCGACCCCUCUAAGAUGUGUGGGCUUCAUCAUGCUUCAAGUUGCUAUUUCUGUGACGAGAGACUGCACUGCUUAUUGUUUUGUCAGUCCACCAAAACAGCAUGUCGUUUUCUCAUUUGCAUUUUGUCGUUUUUGUACGUAUAUAUAUAUAUAUAUUAGACACGGCGUAUAAUGUACUACCUUCUGAUCUAUA